AUGGGAGGAUUGGGUAAAACAACUCUUGCCCAACUAGUCUACAAUGCUGAAGAUGUGACCCGUUAUUUUGAUUUGAAAGCAUGGGCUUUUGUUUCAGAAGUUUUUGACAUUGUAAGGGUGACAAAAGUAAUUCUACAAUCUGUCACUUCUGAGCAUUGUGAUGCUAGUGAUUUAAACUUAAUACAAGUCAAAUUGAAGGAGAAAUUAUACAACAAGAAGUUUCUACAAAUUCUGGAUGAUGUAUGGAACGAAGACUACGAUGAUUGGACUAAACUAUGUUGUCCAUUUGAAUUUGGGGCUCCAGGAAGUACGAUUAUUGUCACAACUCGAAAUUAUGGUGUUUCAUCAACAAUGGGAACUGCUCCAGCUUACGAGUUGAAAGAGCUAUCAAGUGAUGCUUGUUGGCACCUAUUUAUCCAACAUGCAUUGGGGGUAAAAAAGCUUACAGCUCAUCCAAAACUUGAAGAAAUUCGUUGGGAAAUUUUAUUAAGGUGCAAGGGGUCACCUUUGACAACAAAAGUACUCGGAGGUGUUUUACGCACUAAACACAAUCGCGAUGAGUGGAAAAAUGUCUUGCAUAGUAAGAUCCAGGAUAUUCCAAGAGAGACAAAUGGUACUAUUCCAGUUCUUAAAUUGAGCUACCAAUACCUCCCUUCACAUUUAAAGUGGUGCUUUGCCUACUGUUCAUUAUUCCCGACGGAUUAUGAAUUUGAGGAGAAUGAGCUUGUCUUGUUAUGGAUGGCAAAAGGUUUGGUUCAAGAAACAGAAAGAAACAAGUCGAUGGAAGAUCUUGGUAGUGAGUAUUUUCAUGAUUUACUAAGGAGAUCAUUCUUUCAACAAUCAAGCAAUAAUGGAUCACUCUUUAUCAUGCAUGAUCUCAUCAGUGAUCUAGUUGAAUGGGCAGCAAGAGGCUUUUGUGCAUUAGAAUGGAAGAUACAUUGGGCAAUAAUAAGCAACCUGAGAUUUCUACAAAGGUACGACAUUUCUCUUACAUUCAAUAUAUUGAUAUUGAAGGAUUGUUGCAAUUUCACAAAGUUACUAGAGAAAAUUAGGAAUCUAGUCAAUCUUCAACAUCUCAACAUUACAAAUGCAAAUUCAAUUAGGGAGAUGCCAAUGGGAAUUGAAGAAUUAAAGAAUCUAGAAACACUAUCUAAUUUUGUUGUGGGGAAAGGUACUAGAUCAAAGAUAGGAGACUUGAUGAACUUAGAGUUUCUUCGGGGAAGAAUUUGCAUUUCAAGUUUGGAGAAUGUGCUUGAUGUUGAGGAUGCAAGAAGGGCCAAUUUAAAUGGUAAGAAGAAUUUAGAUGCACUAGUGAUCAAAUGGGGUUCUCCACAUGAUCAUUUACAAGAUGCAAGAGUUGCAGUAGAUAUUCUUGACAUGCUACAGCCUUGGACAACUGUUAAAGAACUUUCAAUUGAUGGCUAUGUUGGUGAGAAAUUCCCAACAUGGUUAGGAGAUCCCUCCUUUUCUAAUAUUGUGGACCUAAGGAUUGUAACAUGUGAAAAAUGCAUGUCCUUGCCUGCUAUUGGACAUCUAUUUUCCCUCAAAUUUCUUGUCAUUAUGAGCAUGGCUAAGGUGCGGAGCAUUGGCCCAGAGUUUUAUGGGGAAGGUCACUUUAAACCUUUUCAAUUCUUAGAAAAACUUCACUUUGUGAAUAUGCAAGAAUGGCAAGAUUGGAUUCCUUAUGAAGUUGAGUAUGAAGAAUUCCCUUACUUGCGUGAGCUUAUUAUCUCUCAAUGCCCUAAAUUGCAAGGAAAAUUGCCAUGCCAUCUCCCAUUUUUGGAAAAAUUUUCUAUUAGUAAUUGUAAGCAGUUGGUUGUUUCAAUUCCAAGCUGUCCAAUGCUCCAUGAAUUAGAAAUUGUAGGGUGCAAAGAGGUGGUGACCAAAAAUAUGGAUGACUUGUUCUUGCUAAAGUCAAUUAUUUUUUCUAUUCCUGGUCUCAAAAGCUUAACAAAAGAGUUCAUGAAAGGGUUAGCAAAGGUUGAAAACCUAAAGAUAAAUGAUUGUAAUGAGCUGACAUCUUUGUGGCAAGAUAGUCUCACUUCUCUUGAUAGGCUGGAAAUCUGGUUGUGCCCUAGUCUCAUUAACAUAAGCUUGACAUCUACCUUAAAGGUAUUGUAUAUUAAAGGUUGCGGUGCUUUAAAAUCCUUGCCAAUGUCCAAUUGUACAUGCUUGGAAUGUGUAACUAUUGAGGAAUGUAAUUCUUUGACGUUCAUUUCUAGACGCCAACUACCUCCAACUUUGAAAAGGCUAAAGAUACGAAGUUGUGAGAAUUUGCAGUUUUUGAUAGAUGAGGGAGAGGCAGCUACUUUAUUAAGGAAAUUGGAGAGUAUUGACAGUAAUGCAUCUCUUCUUGAGCACUUGUUUAUUAGUGACUGCCCAUCUCUAAAAUGUGUAUCAUUAAGAGGUGACCUAUUUGCAUCGCUUAAACACCUUGAGAUUUGGACAUGCUCUAAGCUGACAUCCUUAUUAUCAAGAGACCAGCUACCUAUGGCCCUUAAAUACCUAAAAGUAUAUAAUUGCCCAAAAUUAGAGUUACUAGCAGACAAGUUACACAAUAAUGCGUCUCUUGAAUAUCUUAAAAUCAGUAAUUGUGAAGAGAUUAAAUUCUUACCGGAGGGCCUACACAAACUUUGCCACCUCAAUGAGAUCCACAUAGAAAACUGUUGUAGUCUUGUUUCAUUCCCGGAUGGAGGGUUUAUCCCCACUCACCUGAGAAAUCUUUGGAUCAUUCACUGUGAGAAACUAGAGGCGUUGCCCCGCAUGCAUAACCUCACUUGUCUUCAAACAUUAUUUAUACAUGAUUGUCCAAGCAUCGUAUCCUUUCCAGAUGAAGGCUUCCCCACCAAUCUAAAGGAACUUUCAUUGAGAAGGGUGACUAACUGUAAGCAAGUAUUUGAGUGGGGAUUGCACAAACUCACGUCUCUUAGAUGUCUCUCCAUUCAUGCUAAUGAAUUUCAAGAUUGGCAGUCGUUUCCUAAGGAGGAAGAUGGGAAGAUGAUGAUGCUGCUUCCUACCUCUCUCACCUCGUUGCGGAUCCUGAAUUUUCCAAAUAUAGUGUUACUAUCCUCCAAGGCCUUUCAAAACCUCUCUGCUCUUGAAGAUUUGUGGAUCUCCAACUGCCCCAAACUUGCAUCCCUCCCAGAGAAGGGCCUACCUCCUUCACUUCUACAACUUUAUAUUUACGAUUGUCCAGUGCUGAAACAACGUUGCAAGAAAGACAAAGAGGGAGAGUGGUUCAAGAUCAAUAACAUCCCUUGCGUUGAGAUUGAUUACCGGUCCAUCUAUGAGAUGGAGGAAGAGGAGCAGAAAUAA